AUGGGCUUAUUUUUUUCCAGAAAGAAAGAAAAGAACCCCCACCCUCCGGGCAGCCCAACCACCCAAACCCUAUCCCAUCCCACUCCAUCGUCGCCGCCCCCAGAUGCAAUCUCGCCGCCGCCACGCUCGCGCACGCUCGCCGCCGCCAUCCAUCCAUCCUCUCGAGCUCGCGCACGCUCGCCGCCGCCACGUCCGCCGCCGCAGGCGGCGUACGUGAAGCUCGCGCUGCACGCGCUCAAGCACCCGGCGGCGGCUGUCAACGGGCUCCUCAUCGGCCGCCUGGCGGACCCGGCCGCCUCCCCGGUCGUCGUCUCGGUCGCCGACGCCGUGUCGCUCUCCCACCAGCCGCACCACCUCCCGCUGCUCCCCACGCUCGAGCUCGCGCUCACCCUCGUCGAGGACCACUUCCAGGCGCAGGGCCUCGCCGUCGUCGGAUACUACCACACCAACGCGCGCCGCGACGACGCCGACCUCCCCGCCAUCGCCAAGCGCGUCGGGGACCACAUCUUCCGCUACUUCCCCCGCGCCGCCGUGCUGCUGGUCGAUGUUGUGCUUUCCUCUGUUUCCCCUGUCUUGAGCGGUUAUGGGGGUGUGGAGAUCUCGGUUGGGUGCUGA